AUGACUGUGAAGGUUAGAGCCAGUUGUUCUUGGAUGCUCAAAGUCAUCCUAAAUCAAAGAGAGGAUCUUGCAGGGAUGCAGGCUUGGAAAGAUAGUUUGAGUGCUAGAAAAUUCUGCAAGAAGAAGAUUUACAUUGGAUUUUUGACCAAUAAUCAAACUGUACCUUGGAGGAAGGUUUUUUAUGAUAAUGAAGCCAGGCCUAGAGCUUUCUUCAUCACUUGGUUAGCCUGCCACGGUCGUUUAGCAACAAAGGAUCGUUUGAAGCGGUUUGGUAUCCUGGAUAAUGAAAAUUGUGUUUUGUGUGCAGGGACUGAAAGUCUCUACCAUUUACUUUUUGAUUGCAACAAGACUCGCGACAUUUGGAAGGAGGUCUUGCAAUGGAUGCAGGUGGAUCAUAAUCCACAGAGGUGGGAACAUGAAUUAAGCUGGAUCAUUCACAUGAGCAAAAAUAAAACUGGAAAUCAAGGCUGCUGA